UUUUUUUUUUAAAUUUAUGUGUGUGUGAUACAAAUAUAAAUAUUAUAAUAAGAAAAAAGAAACAAACAGCUAAAAUACUUAAGGCUGUAUAAUUGAGAUGUGUUAAUUAUACGCUCGCGUGGAUAUCGAGCAAGGAAAGGACUUUCAACGUACUUCAAGAUAGGACAACUUUUGUCGCAGCGCAUAAAAAUACAGGCCACAGGAGAAGAAGAAAAAAAAAAAAAAGGCGACCAGGCACAACGUGGUUUCAUUUGUUGCUGUGUGUCUUCAGCGCGUGUGUCGGGAGUCUUGUGUACGGGGACCGGGAUAUACCGUCUGGUCCUCCACCCCCCCUUCUAUGCUUGACGUGUUUCUUCUAAUCUGUAGCGUGAGCAGCCACUAUGUCUGUUUCGGCCAUUCUCGGUGGCUGGACUUCGUACUCCAAGCUAACAUCCAACAAUGAUGAUGAUUGGGUAGAUCGAUUGAACCACUUAUACACAGUCAUUCUUUUAGCCAUCUUCACUGUUUUCAUCAGCACUUGCCAGUAUGCCGGCAACCCAAUCGAGUGCUGGUGUCCAGCUUAUUUCACCGGGUCCUAUGUUUCGUACACGAAGUCCUACUGCUGGAUCAAGAACACGUACUACAUUCCAAUCGAUGAACAGAUCCCAAGCUCCAAGCAUGAUAGAACAUCAGAGGAGAUCACCUAUUACCAGUGGGUGCCCAUCAUAUUGCUCUUUAUGGCAUUCUUGUUCAAGUUCCCAGCUUUGCUGUGGAGGAUGUUCAAUGGGGGCUCAGGCAUCAACAUCAACAAGAUCGUAGACAUGACAUCCGCCGUCCAGAUAGGGGGCCAGGACAAGAGAGAUGAGACAGUCAACCACAUUGCUAUCUACGUGGACCGCUGGCUGGACGCCCACCGGCAGUACCGCUUCAACAUUGUGGUUCGGAUGAGGCAGAAGCUGUCCAAGUUCUUCUGCUUCUUGUGUGCCAAGAGAGACGGAACCUACCUGACUGGUCUGUACAUCUUUAUUAAGCUCCUUUAUGUUGUCAACGUGGUGACCCAGUUCUUUUUACUCAACGCCUUCAUGGGAAGCUGGUAUAACAUGUAUGGAUUCGAGGUCAUUGGCGGCCUAGCUUCGGACCACACCUGGCCAGACUCACCUAGAUUCCCCAAGAUCACCAUGUGCGAUUUUGAAAUUCGGCAACUGCAGAACGUCCAGCCCCACACAGUCCAGUGUGUGCUUCCCAUCAAUCUGUUCAACGAGAAGAUAUUCAUCUUCAUCUGGUUCUGGUUUGUCUUUGUUGCCAUCUGCACUGCUGGCAAUUUCCUGUUCUGGAUCUGGCGGGCUCUCUUCCGCUCUAACAGGGCCUCUUACAUCAAGAAAUACUUGAAGCUUCUGGACCAGAUCAAAGGCGAGGAGGACAAGAUGCUGCUGCGUAAGUUUGCGGACCAGUAUCUGCGCGACGAUGGCGUCUUCAUCCUUCGUUUGAUUGCCAGAAACACCAGUGACAUCCUGCUGUCAGACAUUGUUCUGAAGCUGUGGAGCACGUUCAAGAAUAAGCCAGGAGUGAAGAAGCAACAGGAAGAUGAGAUGAGCAAAUUCACAGAUUCACAGGCAUAAUGUUGAGUUGUCCUUCAGCGUUUGUACGCUCAAGUCACAGGCGAGGGAAAACACUUGGUUAUUGGAGCUACUGAAGAAAGGAACCAGAGAAAUCAAAUCAUUCCUUCUGUUUUGUUUGAAUGCACUGCCCAUGGCUUGUUGAGCCUCAGGGGGCUGUAUAUGCUCCUGUGAGCUAAAACCUUAAAGGGUAUCAUGUAAUAUAAUAGUUUUUCAUUGAGAAUGUGUAGAGUUAUAGAUAUGUAUAUAUACGUUUUUACAAAUAUAUGUUUAAAUUGUGUGCAAGUCACAUUCUAGAGGGUUGAAUCAAAAAAGUAAUUGCUAAUAACAAUAAUUGUUUCUUUUAAACCUGUCUAUAAAGUCUUCAAAUAAAAUUUUUAUGAUUUAAAUUUUUAAAAUUCAUAUAUGAGAUUUAGGAAUUGAAUGUGAAGGUGAGCUUAAACAUAUCAUUAUAAACAUAAAUAUAUAUGUUUUAUGUAAAUAAUUGCAGAAAGUUUUACAUAAUUCCAGCUAUAUGAUCUUCUCAUCUUCUAAUUGGUCAUGUUAUCUGCUUACCAUACUCUAAAAGAAAAUUACAAAUUUUAUUUCCAUUUAGUAACCCUAAUCUUCAGUAAAUAGUACUACCAAUCCAAACUUUGUGGCAUUAAUUGGUAUUUUUGUAAUUUUUAUUUUUAUUAUUAGUCGGUGGCAUUAGACGAAAUUUAUAUUUUGAACUUAGGCAUUGUAUUAUUAUUAGUAUUUAUAAAUGUCCUUCAUUUACUGCCAGCAACCUUUUUUUGUUUCUAGGAUUUAGCUCUGGGCAUUAUUAACCUAGCUAAAGUAUAAGAACAACAUUACAUUUUUAAACAGCAUUACAUUCUCUUGUUUGAAGCAGUUUCCAAGUUGUCUCUCAUGACCUGCUGUUAGUGUAGAAAUAUUUUAGCCUAGUUUCAUUUUUAAAAUUUACAUUGCCUUUACUAUGUUUUUAAAUACUAUUUGUUCACCAUGUAAUGUCAUUGUUGAACUCAUUCCCUUUCCUCCCUGUUUUGGGGGAACACUAAAUCCUUGUCUUCCAAUGUUUGAGCACAACUGUAUGUUAUGCACAUGUGUUGAUAGGGAAGCUGUCCCUUUUUUUUUUUUAUUUAACUCUUUCUCUUAUUUACCACAUUCUGGUGGAAUCAACGUUGGUAUCGUCUGUUAGGAGAGAAAGAGUUAAAGGCACCUGAUUUCUUCUGAGAAUAUAAAUAUAUAUUUUAACACAUCCAGAACUAAAUGCUUCUUGAGUUAUUUUCUUUGGUCAGUGGUUUACUGUCAGAAUGUUCUCAAUUAGCCAAUUAAAAUAUCCAGAAAUUCACCAGGGAUCCAACUGUGGGCACUUGUUUUUUUACAGUCUGGUAGGACUUGAUUUAGUAUUGCAUUAUAAUUCUUUAUUACUCACCUAUUGGGUUGAAUGUGUUAGUUCUUAAGCACAAACUAAAAUAUGGGCAGAUAUGCUUUGACUGUCCUUUAGUUUAAGGGCACCACUAUGGAUUGUUAAAAUUUGAUUAGACAUUUAUCUCUCUUCAGGCUUCUUAAUCAUAUAUGGGGGAUUGUAUCAGUGUCAUAAUGCACAAAAUCCUUUUAUUAGUAGAUGGUAAGAGUCACGUCUUUCUUAAACUGAACUCAAAACUUUUAUUUUCGGCUAUACUUGGGUUGUGACCAUUUCUGAUGUUUUAUCUCGUGUGCAAAGCAAGGCAUUCCUACAUAGACCUGUACAAGAAAACAUCAAAGAGAUUGAAAUCUUUUUUAAUGGCUUCAUUGACCUCCAGUUUGAUUAUUUUAUUAUUUAAGCUCAGCACCUUUGUUUUCCAAGAUAAUGUUAAAGUUCUGAAUUUUUUUAUAAAUGAUUUAUUGAUGCUUGUCUAUUUUAUUGGAAAGGGCCUAUACCCUACCUGUCCUGAAGUCACAUGUACACUUAAACAGACUCCAACUUGCGAGGUUAACGUCGACAAAGCUCCCUUAUGAUCUUACGUUUCUAUUUUAAACCUUUCACUUGCCGCUAUUUAAGAAUCUUCAGCAACAAAAUAAAAUAACCAAUGACUAUAAAUUAGACUGACCUAUGUUUGACACGUCAAAUAUUCUCAUUAGAACAUCGGUCAUCAUAAACAAUCUGGAUUAAGCACUCUAUACUAGAAAUGGGAACGUUACUUUUUUUCUACUUGCUUCCUAGCUUAAAAUAUUUCUAUAAGACUUGAUUGCAAAGUUAUUCCCCAUGUAGUUUGAUUUUGUUUUAAAACUAUAUAUAUAUAUAAUAUAUAUAUGACACUAAUGUCAUUUUUAUAUGCAAUAUUGACAUAUUUUCAUGUUCAUUUUUAAAACUAUUUUUUCAUGUGUUAAGUGUGCAUUUAUUGAAGUUGAAGUAUUAGAGUACAUUUGUUAACCAAAUGAUAAGAUGUGUAAGAAAUACAAUGAAUUCCUGUUUGUUGAUCCUGUGUGCUAGUUUCUAGCCUUUAAGUCCCCCACGAAACACACUUGGUUAAUUGUCUUCUGUUUUCUUUCCAUUGUGUGUUGAUGUUUUAAAAAUGAUAUCAGCUAAAUAGGGUUUUAACAGUAACUUAAUUGCAGCAUGCUUAUGAACAUGUAGUCAGUACAGUCGAAGGGGAUUAAUUAACUUGUUUGCAGCUGUAGUUUAAAUUGUUAGCUCCCUUUGAUAUGGCUGCAAACGGACAUGAAGAGGAUACAAAUUUAACACUAAAGAUAGCUUUGUCAAUGUAACCUUUGGCAGAUAGCCAGAUCCAGUGCUGCCUUUAUCUAGGUAGUGAGACUCAGUGUUACCUUUAUCUAGCUAGUGAGACUGUUGGCUUUAUCUAGUGAGACUCAAUGUUACCUUUAUCUAGCUAGUGAGACUGUUGGCUUUACCUAGUGAGAAUCAGUGUUGCCUUUAUCUAGCUAGUGAGACUCAGUGUUGCCUUUAUCUAGCUAGUGAGACUGUUGGCUUUUUCUAGUGAGACUCAAUGUUUACUUUAGCUAGUGAGACUGUUGGCUUUAUCUAGUGAGAAUCAGCAUUGCCUUUAUCUAGCUAGUGAGACUGUUUUGGCUUUUCUAGUGACACUCAAUGUUACCUUUAUCUAGCUAGUGAGACUGUUGGCUUUAUAUAGUGAGAAUCAGUGUUGCCUUUAUCUAGGUAGUGAGACUCAGUGUUGCCUUUAUCAAGGUAGUGAGACUCAGUGUUGCCUUUAUCUAGGUUAGUGAGACUCAGUGUUGCCUUUUGUUUGGUUGUGAGUUGUAGUGUUGCCUUAAGCUUGAUCCUAAAACCUGUUGUUGCCUAAAAGUGUAGCCAAUGUUUUUAUAUUCACCUGCAACUAGACCUGUUCUAUUCCAAUUUGUUCAGCUCUUGUCUUGUUACAUCAGCAUUGAAAUUAACCUAUGCAAAUACGAAAUGAUGUUUACAUGUUAAAACUUCUUGUUAAUUCUGAUAACUUCCAAACAAAAUGUAUGCCUUAAGUUGUUGUAUAUUUAAAUGUUGUUUUUUUUUUUUAUAACAAAUUUACUUCAAAUGAACUUUACUCAUAAUGAACUAUCUCAGUACCACAUAUACAUUGUAUUCUUAAUAUAUCUUAUAUGUGCACCCAUAAGAUUUGUAUGGUUUCUUGAUUCAGUUAGCCUUGUGAACCUAUUGCUUAUGUUUUAUUAUUGAAUGUGAAAUAUGUAAAGAAAUCAGAAGAAUUAUUCAAUGUACAUUUGAUCAUGUAGCUGUUUGAGACUUUGAACACUUGAAGACAAACCAAAUAAACUGAUUUAUUUACUGUG